UGUGUGUGUGUGUGUGUGUGUGUGUGUGUGUGUGUGUGUGUGUGUGUGUGUGUGUGUGUGUGUGUGGAGGCUCCACCGCUUUCCUUCCAUUGCCCUAUUUGGCCCACAAUGCACCGCGUCUUCUCGUCGGGAUCAUGGACCAAAGUGACAAUGAUCUUCAAGGAAGCGACGGUUCGGGUAACCUCGGUGGCCCCGAUGUCCGCCGGAGAAUCCCCAUCAAACUGUUGUCCAAGCAGCCAGUGAGAAGCAAGCCCCCGGUUCGCCCUCAACGGACCACCGGCAGACCUUCGAAAAACCCACCUGGAGAAGAGGAAAGCUUUGGCUUCAAGCAAGAGGAGAGGUUUGAUUGUGGUGCCAAGGCUGGAGAUGUAUUUGGAAGUCAAAGAAGAUAUCCCCAGCAGAUGUUUUGGGACUACAAGUUGAAUCUAAUCGGGGAGAAGGAUGACAUACCCGUUCACUUCUGUGACAAAUGCGGCCUUCCCAUUCACCUGUAUGGACGAAUGUAUUGUGAAUGUAACGAACUGGGUGUCGGUGGCGACGCUCUCGCGAAAAAUCACAAGCGGCCCACAAUUCCCUGUAAACAUGUCUUCUGCUACGAGUGUGCUCUGCUUCACGAGAAGAAGGGGGACAAGAUGUGUCCAGGCCUCACCAUGUACAGCUGCACGGACCAGGUGCAGCGCAUCGAGCAGUGCCAGCGCGGCUCCCUGUACAUGUGCAGCAUCGUGCAGGGCUGCAAGCGCACGUACCUGUCGCAGCGCGACCUGCAGGCGCACGUCAACCACCGCCACAUGCGGGCCGCCAAGGCCGCGCUGGGGGCCCGCGCCGACCCCCCCCCGCACCUCCCGCCGGCCCCCGACGUGCCGGACCGCUUCCGCGUGCCCCCGCCGCACCUCGCCAAGAACCACGUGCACCUGCCCGCCCAGCUCCAGCAGCAGCAGCAGCACGGGGGUCACGACCCCUACGGCCCGCCCCCGCCCGCCUCCCACGACGCCCCGCCUCCCUCCUCCGCGCUGGGGCCCGAGACGUUCCGCAUCGCCACGGUGACCACGCGCAAGCACAGCAACCUCAUCACCGUGCCCAUCCAGGACGACUCGUCCGGGCGCGACGCCCUCCCCGGCGGCCCCGGGCCGGCCCAGCAGCAGCAGCAGCAGCCGCCGCCCCACCACCACCCGGGCGACUACCCGUCCCAGCCGCCCGUGGUGUCCCACGCCCACCACAUGAUGGCGCCGCCGCCGCAGCAGCACUACGGCCCGCCGCCGCCGCCGCCGCCGCCCAUCAGCCACCCCAUGCAGCACGCGCCGCAGGGCGCCGGCACGCCGCACAUGGGCUACAACCAGGCCCCGCCCCCCAUGUCCUCGGCGCCGCCCCCCAUCAACGCGCCCCCGGGCCACAUCAUGGGCCAGAUGCCGCCCUACAUGAGCCACCCGCCGCCGGGGCCCCCGCCGCAGCACAGCGGGCCCCCGGGGAACGCGCCGCCGCCCCACCACUACAACCCCAACUCCAUGCCGCAGUUCCCCGAGGACCAGGCCACGCUCAGCCCCCCCUUCAACCAGCCGGGGGGGCUGAGCCCCGGGAUGUGGCCGGCCCCCAGGGGCCCGCCCCCGCCGCGCAUGCAGGGGCCCCCGCCCCAGGGCCAGAUGCCGGGCCCCCACCACGGGGACCAGGUGCGGUACAGGAACUACUAUCAGUGAAGCGGGGGGUCGGGGGGUGGGGGAGGGGGGCAGCGAAGGCCCUAGCUCCACACUUCUGGUCUCAUAAUGUGAUAGCGUGCCUCAGGGUUUGUAGGUUGUAGGACUUACCUUUUUUGAUGUUAAAAACAAGUGGUGAAUGUGUAUGCGGUGCACGUUAGGAGUUCCCCCGUGCACAGGGCUCGCCCGACACGCGACAGACUUGUAAAAUGAACAAAUUUGCUUUUUUUUCUCCCCUUUCUUUUUUUUUUUCUUCUUUUUAUAGCUUAUAGGAAGUAUGUCUGUAUAUAUGUCGACCGAUUUCAUGCAUAUGUACAUUGAAAGACGUUAAGUGUCUAAAUAAAUUUUUAACUAAUGAU